CUGGUUUAUAAAUGGCUGACAUUAGUUGGUGAGCAGUUCAUGAAAGUAUGUGGUAUGUGUCUUUUUCUUAUGAGAUUUGAUAAGAAGAGUGGUAUCAGAUAGCAGCUGUAAGAGCCAAAUAUUGGAUUCAUUGGGAUUCCAAGAUGCCUGGAGCCAAGAGUACAUUUUUAAGCUACAAUGAAGAUGCUAUGAAAGCUGCAGUUGAAGAUGUGCGCCUGCACAAAACAUCUAUCCGGACAGCUGCAAAGAAAUUUGGAGUUCCUAGAACAACAUUGAAGUAUAAAUUGGAGGGUAAAUCACCGAUGGAAAGAAGAAUGGGCCCACCUUCCAUUCUAUCAAAAGAAGAGGAGGCUAAAAUAAGCAGAUGGGUGGAGAACAUGGCAAAAGCUGGUUUUCCAAUCACUAUUGAACAGUUAUGCAUCAGUGUGGAGAGAUACUUAAAAGCCGUGAAACGUGAUUCACCCUUUAAAGAUGGAAGACCUGGCAGAACAUGGGUCAAGAGUUUUCUUCGAAGAAAUCCUCUUAUUUCAAAAAGGGUCUCUCAAAAUUUGACUGUCUCACGGGCAGCAGUUACUAGGGAAAGCAUAAUCAACUGGUUUUCAGAAGUGGAGCUGUAUAUUAAUAGAGAGCAUGGUGAUGAAAAGCUUUUGGAAGACCCGUCUCGAAUAUUCAACUGUGAUGAGUCAGCAUUUUUUUUAAAUCCAAAAGGCCCUAAAGUUCUUGCCAGGAAAGGUGAUAAAACAGUUUAUCAGAAAGUUAAUGCUGAUGAGAAAGAGUGCAUCACAGUAUUGGUAACUGGUAGUGCAAGUGGUGUUGUAGCUCCAACAACCUGUUUGUUCAAAUACAAACGUAUUCCUCAAGAAAUUGCAGAUAAUUAUCCAAAGGAGUGGGGGCUAGGAAAAACUGAUUCAGGGUGGAUGACUUGUGAAGCAUUCUUUGAAUUCAUUGCUGAUAUUUUUCAUCCAUGGUUAGUGGAAAAACAAAUCACUUUACCAGUUAUCCUUUUCAUUGAUGGCCAUGCUUCACAUCUAUCUUUCCAGACAAGCAAAUUCUGUGAAGAAAAUGGGAUAAUUCUGGUGGCUUUGCUACCCAAUGCCACUCACAUUUUGCAACCCAUGGAUGUUGCUGUUUUUAGAAGUCUCAAAGAAGGAUGGAAGAAUAAAGUACACAAGUGGAGGCUGGAAAACAUUAUUAAAGACGGUUCUCAUCUCUUGAAAAAGAAAGAUUUUGCAAAGCUAUUACAAGAAGUGAUAGAUGAGAACGUUACAGAAUCGAUGUUGUCCAAUGGAUUCAAGAAAUGUGGAUUGUACCCAUGGAAUCCUCAAAUAAUUGAGGUACCAGGCCAAGAGCAAAGAGCAUUCAAAGAGCAAGAUGAAAGUGACUCAACUGAGCUGAAAAUACAGUAUUUUAAGCAAGGAUUACGUUUCUUGAAUGACAUGAUAGGGAAAGAAAAGCUCUCUGUUUUUGAAGCAUCAACUGAAACAUGGUGUGGAGAUCCACUGGACACAUCUUUGUUCGAGUGCUGGAAAAAAACAAAAAUGGAACUGGAGAGACUUGAGGUGGAUGUUAGGAACAAUAUAAUUUCUGCCAACCUGUCACUGAAUGAUGAUGCUGUAGAGUUGCCUGCUGAUGGGAACAACGGUGAUGAAACCCCUCCAACAGAUAUUGAUGUAAUUUUUGAGUUGUCUGGAACUGAGCCAUGUGAUUUGGGGAACAACGUUUCUGCCAACAUAUCACUGAAUAAUGCUGCUGUGGAGUUUCCUGAUGAUGAAAACAAUAUUGAUGAAGCAUGUUUAACAGAUAUAGAUGUAAUUUUUAAUUUGUCUGAAACUGAGCCUUUUGUUGUUGGAAGCAAUACUAACAUAUUACUAAAUAAAGAUGCUUCACAGUCUCCUGUUGAUGGAAGCAAUAUAAAUGAAGUUCUUUCGCCAAACCAGGAUGCAGUUUUAGAAUUGCUGCCAACAGAUUUACAUCCAGAACAGUCCACAGGGAAAGAAGAUAUGCAGGCAACAGAUGUAUCCACCAGCCCCCCUGACGGGCCAUCAAAACAAGGAAUACCAAUUGGAAUAGGUGAUGUCAAGGAAGGAAAAGAAGAGGAAGUAGAGGUCGACUCUGAAGAUGAACCAUUAACCAAGACUCCCAGCAAAACUAAUCGAAAAUCAGGACCCCGAUCAUCGAAAAAAGGUUUCAAGGAGGAUCAAAAGGAAGCAGAAGAAGAAAAAGAAGAGAGAGAAGAAGACGACUCUGAAGAUGAAUCACCAUCCAAGAAGAAACCGUCCAUAUCUAAAACACCUGAAACAUUGAAAAAUGGCAAAGGGAAGAAAAGAGCUGCCGAGAAAGAAAGUGACGAAGACGAACAGAGUGAGGAGGAAGUGGAGGUACCCAGCAAAACUAACCGAAAACCAGGCCCUCGAUCAUCGAAAAAAGGUGAUGACAAGGAAGAAAAAGAAGAGGAUGAAGAGGAAAACAGCUCUGAAGAUGAACCGCUAACCAAGGCACCCAGCAAAACUAAACGAAGAUCGGGGCCCCGAUCAUCGAAAAUAGGUGAUGUCAAGGAAGGAAAAGAAGAGGAAGUAGAGGACGACUCUGAAGAUGAACCACCAUCCAAGAAGAAACCGUCCAUAUCUAAAACACCUGAAACAUUGAAAAAUGGCAAAGGGAAGAAAAGAGCUGCCGAGAAAGAAAGUGACGAAGACGAACAGAGUGAGGAGGAAGUGGAGGCACCCAGCAAAACUAAACGAAGGUCGGGGCCCCGAUCAUCGAAAAAAAGUGACAGUGAGGAAGAGAAAGAUGAGGAGGAAGAAGAGAAGAAAGAGGAAAACAGCUCUGAUGAUGAACCGAUAACCAAGAAAAAACCAUCCAUGUCCAAAACACCUAAAACAUCGAAAAAUGGUACAGGAAGAGGGAAAAAAGCUGCUGAGCAAGAAAGCGACGAAGAUUGUGACAGUGAGGAUAAAGACGAGGCACCCAGCAAAACUAAACGAAGGUCGGGGCCCCGAUCAUCGAAAAAAAGUGACAGUGAGGAAGAGAAAGAUGAGGAGGAGGAAGAGAAGGAAGAGGAAAACAGCUCUGAUGAUGAACCGAUAACCAAGAAAAAUUCCAAGUCCAAAUCACCGAAAAAAUCUAAAAAUGACAAAGGAAAGGGGAAAGGAGCUGUCAAGAAAGAUAGUGACGAAGAUGAGGAGGAAGUAGAGGAACGUAAGUCUCCUCGGAAAGGAUUGAAAAGGGCUUAUGUUGAGAACGAUAGCGACGAGCUGAACAAAUCGGACGAAGAAGAAAAUCGGAAAGAGGAAAAGAAAAAUAAGAAGGGAAAACCCCACCUGUCAAAAAAGCAGAAGACAGGGAAAAGUACUUCAGAGAAAGAGCAUGAAGAUUCAGAUGAAAACGAGGAAGAGGACAUAGAGUAUGAGGUAGAUAGAAUUGUGAAAAUGAGAAAAACCAGAAAAGGUGAAACCGAAUAUCUUGUGCACUGGAAAGGCUGGGGCUCAAAUGAUGACACUUGGGAAAAGGAAUCCAACUUGAACUGCAAAAAGCUCAUCGACGAGUUUUUAAAGAAUCAAGAGCCAGAUAAUACCAAAGAUGACAAAGAAAAGAAGAAGCAGACUGAAAAGAAAAAGAAGGAUGAGGUGGAAGAGAAGAAGGAAGAGAAAAAUAAGGACGAUGGUGAAGAAGAGAGCAGUGACAGUAGCUGUGAUGGCAGUGAGUACGAAGUGGAAGCCAUUGUGGAUGCCAGGACGAAGCGGAACGCCAAAACGGAGUAUCUGGUGAAAUGGAAAGGAUGGUCAUCCCAUCACAAUUCCUGGGUCGACGAAGAAGAUAUUUACUGCGAAAACCUCAUUGAAGACUUUCUCAAAAAUCGGAAAGAGGACAGUCGUCAAAAGAGGGCAUUGCGUGAGCAGCCCAACGUAAGAACCAAGAUUCAGUUGACCAUCAAGAAAAACAGGUCAAGUCGAAGAAAUGCUAACAGGGUCACCUACCAUGAUCAAGGCUGAAAAAACAAUGAACCACCAGGUUGUUCAAACUUUAUUUUAUUCUCAGAUUAGUUAUAAUCGGAUACUUUUCGUAUAAUCUAUUUUAGUAUUCAGUUUUGCUAUAUCAGUUUAUGUAAGUGAUAAAAAUCACAUUGUAGAAUUAUUCUAGAUGGAUAUGUUAAUUAGUAAUAUUCAUCCACAGUAUUGCACUAAAUGCCAAUCGCAGUUCAUAGUGUGUGUAAAUCGGAACUUCUAACUCAAAAUAAUAUGUACUGUACGAAUGGUGCCCUUACUUUUGAUUUGAAUACCAUGUAAACUGUGCCGAUUUAAUUUGGUUUACACAUACAUUGUGCAACUUUUUCAUCUAAGUUGAUAUGACCUCAAGUGAUUGUCUUCUUUGGAUACAAUUUCAUCUAAAAAUAGUUUAAAAAUAAAGAGAAUAAAACGUCCGA